AUGGUCAAUGGUCGGAGGUUAAUCACUGCCAAGAUCGCUGACCUGGGUACGACGAAAUAUGACCUCUCUGGAAAUAUGCAAACCUAUACCGGGUCAGGUGUUUACGUGGCCUCUGAAUUCUGGGAGCCUAAACUACAUCACACCAAUGCUGUUGAUAUAUGGUCUUUUGGCAUUAUCAUGCUCGAACUGCUUACACAUCAGGGAACGCGAUUGAAGGGAUGGGAUGCUCGGUUACCGCCAAGCCCAGGAUGUGCACCGGAACUGGAUACGUCAGAACCUGCAGCCGCUUAUAGAACGCUCAUCAAAGGAUUUCAGAGCCCUAUUAAAGGGUGGACGGCAGGUCAAAUCGAAAAGUGGCUGAAGGAAAACGUCCAGGCAGACGCUGGCACCAGCAGAAAGCGCGGAGCAUCUUCACUAAGGGAGAUGGGUGAUGACGAGGAAGACAGGAGCUUGCGGGGCGACUACACCGCUGUAUCGAAGCCUUGCGCCAACCAUGGUGCCUCGCCUACCAGCGGCCUUCCGGACACAGUCCUCUUGGACUUACCGAGCCCGGGCAUGAAGACUCCAGUUGCAAGGGUAUAG